UUUCAGUUGUUUGAGAAACUUUGAACGGAACUAAACACGAACUAAACGCACGCGGCAUCUAAACAAAUAAACAGUAAACUGAACAACAAAAUCAAGAUGUCGCUCACAACGAGGCGACUGAGCAGUGUGCUCCUGUUGCUCCUCCUGCUGGCCACGCAGGAUGUCCAGGGUAAACGCUGGUUCGGUGGCGGUGGCAGCAAGAGUCGCUCCAGCUCCAGCCACAGUUACUCGGCAAGACGUCCCUCAUCCUCGUCCUCCUCCUCUUCGCACUCUUCUCACUCCUACGGCCAUGCGGAUAAUACACGGCUCAGUUAUGGCGGCGGCAGUCACUCUCAGCCCAGUCACAGUGUCUCCAAGCCAGCCCCGGCCGCGUACCCGCCCGUAGGCUGGAAUGUGCCGAUGCCACAGGGUCCCCCACCAGCGUACUCUGCUAAAAAUCCAGUCGGUGGUGCUCGCACCAACAUCCAUGAGCCGCCGCCGGCAUACAAUCCUUCCUACAAGGCCAAUGCACCGCCUCCGAGCUACUCGGCGGCCACCAACACUCGCCCAGCAGCUGGCAGCGCUGCCGCUGGCGCCAGUGCCGGUUCCGGUUCUGGUUCCAGCCAUUCCCACUAUACACCCGCCAGUGUUUACAGGCCACGUGCGAACUCAACGGGAGGUGGAUUUGGCGGUGGCUAUCAACACACACCCAUAACGGCCACCAAUACGCAUGGCGUGCAGUCGAGUUAUCCUGGCGCCACCUAUCACAGUCCUGGCGCUCUACCCGCUGGCGCCACCUACCAUCCGGCUGGUCACCUGCCCGCUGGCGCCACCUAUCACAGUCCUGGUGCUCUACCCCCUGGCGCCACCUAUCACAGUGCUCCACCUGCUGGCGCCUCCUAUCAUCCGGGCGGCUAUGCACCACCUGGUGCUAGCUACCAUCCAGCCGGACAAAUUCCUCCUGGCGCCACCUAUCAUCCCAGUGGUGGAAUGCCUCCUGGAGCUACGUACUAUCCCCAGCAGCCGGUGCACGCAAUGCCCGCAGGCGCCACCUACCUGCCAGCUGGUGCUGCCAUUCCCGCUGGAGCCACCUUCUAUCCCCAGGCGCCCAAGUCAUCCGGACCCGGUUUGGGUACUGGACUUAUUGCUGGCGCUCUAGGAGGUGCCAUUUUGGGACACGUCCUUACUCCCACACAGACGCGCGUUGUGGAUCAUAUGCCAUCAUCCGGUGGCAACUACGGUGGCGGCGGUGGAGGUGGCAGCAACGGUGGUGACGACAAGAUCAUCAUCAUUAACAAUGGACCACCAGGAUCGGUGACCACAUCUGAAGUGGGACAUGGCACAACGGUUAUCAACGCGGGCGCACCACAAGCAGCGGCCGCUCCAGUUCAACCUGUAGCAGCCUAUCCAGCAGCUCCAGGUCCAGUCCCUGCCCCUGCUCCAGUCCCUGCUCCAGCUGCCGCUCCAGCUGGUGGCACACAAUUAGCACCACUGGCGCCUCUACCACCGGUUGGUGCACCACAACCUGUUGAUGGAUCUGUUGCAGCGCCUGCAGUUGCCACAGCCGGCGUCAAUGCCGCACCACCAGCUGGCGGUGCUCCUGCUGAUCCCAAUGCACCCCCACCUGGCGGCAUCAUCUGCGUGCCAGUUCGCGUGCCAGAACCUGAUCCAAAGGAUGCCACCAAGACAAUUGAAGUGGAGAAGAUUGCUUGCUAUCCGGCACCACCACCAGAAGCGACUCCCCCAGUAAAUGGCACAGCACCAGCUGUAAACGGUGCUGCCUCCGCUCCCCUGGCACCAAUCCAGCCCACACCCAUCACUGUGCCCGAAGGAUCCGUGCCCUUGGCUCCCCUGCAGCCUGGCGGUCAACCUGAUAUCAUGCGCAUGCCCGGCCAGACCUCAGCUCGUCUCUCCGCGGAGUCGGGACUACACGAUGCUCGCAGCGGUGGCAAGUCCAUCUCCCAGUGGAGUAGUUUGUCUGCUCUGCUAACCAUUCUGGUGGCCUACUGUCUGCAUUAGUUAUAUGGAGUCAUCAGUGCCAAGCUGUAACCAAAACCAAAUAGAUUGCAGUCAGUCAAACCAGGAAGCCACGGUUAAACAUCUCUAAGCAACUUUAGAUGGUUAUCCACUUUAUUUUGUAAACCAAACGAAUUUUUACAUACACACAUAAUAUACUCGAACUUCUGUAAGACUCCAUAAUAAAUUAAAACUCUAUAAAAAGAUAAUAAAUUAUCGCCUAGACUUGAUUAAA